CACUCUCAUAGACACUACAGGAACAUCAGAGUCUCUGGACAUAGUGCUAAUAAUCAUCAUGGUGUAUUGGUGGAGUUUGUCAGCUGAAACAUGGGCUCUGAUCCUGAUCCUCAUCAGUCUCCUCCUGCUGUAUGGGUACUGGCCGUACAGUCUCUUUAAGCGUUUGGGAGUUCCUGGUCCUAAACCGGUACCAUUUUUUGGAACCAUGUUAGAAUAUCGUAAGGGAAUCCAUAAUUUUGAUAUGGAGUGUUUUCAGAAGUACGGCAAGAUUUGGGGUAUAUAUGAUGCGAGACAGCCGGUCCUCUGUAUCAUGGACACAGAGAUCAUCAAAUCUGUCCUGAUUAAAGAGUGUUACUCUCUGUUCACCAACCGCAGAAAUUUUGGCCUAAACGGUCCUCUCUAUGAUGCACUGACCAUUACUGAGGACGAGGACUGGAAGAGAAUCAGGAGUGUUCUCACUCCAUCGUUCACCAGUGGUAAAUUAAAGGAGAUGUUUGGAAUCAUGAAGUCACAUUCACACUCGUUGACUGAAAAUCUGCAGCAGACGUGUGAGCGAGGAGAAUCAGCAGAUAUUAAAGAGUUUUUUGGAGCCUACAGUAUGGAUGUGGUGAUGAGCACAGCGUUUGGUAUCGAUAUCGACUCCCUGAACAACCCCGAAGAUCCGUUCGUAUCAAACAUGAAGAAACUGCUGAAGUUUGACUUACUAAACCCUCUGCUACUCGCUGUCGCGUUCUUCCCCUUUAUCAAACCCCUGUUGGAGAAACUGGACAUUUCCAUAUUUCCAGCCUCAGUGACCGAUUUCUUUUACACCUCUCUGCAAAAGAUCAAGUCUGAACGUGAGGCCCAGGAUCAGAAGAAACGAGUGGACUUCAUGCAGCUGAUGAUCGAUUCUCAAAAAUCAGGAAAAGGUCAUCUGAAGAUGAACGAGACAAACGAAGGUCUGAAUGAUCAUGAGAUCCUGUCCCAGUCCAUGGUGUUCAUCUUUGCUGGUUAUGAGACGAGCAACAAGACUCUUUCAUUUCUGUUCUACAAUCUGGCCAGGAAUCCAGAGACAAUGAAGAAACUGCAGGAAGAAAUUGAUGAAACUUUCCCUAAUAAGGCUGAAGUUGAUUAUGACACUGUGACGAAUAUGGAGUAUCUGGAUGCGGUUCUGAGCGAGUCACUGAGAUUGUACCCGGUUAUUUUCCGUCUGCAUCGAGUCUGCAAGAAAACGGUUGAAAUAAAAGGCCUCACCAUCCCAAAAGAUACUGCGGUUUCAGUCCCCACGUUUGUCCUCCAUAGGGACCCUGAAUACUGGCCUGAGCCGGACACCUUCAAGCCCGAGAGGUUCACUCAGCAGAACAAGGAGAGCAUCGAGCAGUCUGUGUACAUGCCUUUUGGUUUAGGACCCAGGAACUGCAUCGGCAUGAGGUUUGCCCUCGUGAUAAUAAAGCUGGCUGUUGUUGAAAUACUGCAGAGAUUCGACGUCAGUGUUUCUGAAGAGAUGAAGGUCCCUCUGGAGCUAAUCAACACUGGAAUUCUGUCUCCUAAACACCCCAUAAAACUCAAAUUCUCACGUCGGAAUAACAAGAACAGAAAGCCACGUUAACUUCUAGACUCAAUGCUUGAGUUCUGAUUUUUUUACUUCAUUUCUCUGAUUAUUGCAGUCAGGCUGUAUUAGAAUAAUGUACAUGUUGGUAUCUCUGUGUGGACACGUUAUUCCAACAUGAUUAAAGCUUUUAAAUACCAAUGUUGUGCAUCUUUAAAGGGAUAUAAACACAGUGUAGAACUGUUUAAGUACGAUUGCAGGUGAUGUGUUAAAAAAAAUUAAUAAAAGAAAAUGAAUUUA